CUAGUACUUGUGCUGAAGCAAGCGAUCCAUCAUGACCUCCAAACGCAACUACUUUGGUCAAGGCUCUGUCGUGGUUGACACUGAGGAUGGCAAUCCAGUUCGACGCCUGGCAAUUACUUCUGACAACCUCGUAACUCAACCAUUCGAGGGCAUCGACAUCAUUCCCGAUGUCAUCGACUACGCCGCCCGAACACAUGGCAUGAAAGAUGCUGUGGGCUGGCGUGAUAUUAUCGAUAUCCACGAGGAGCAGAAGGAAGUAAAGAAGAUGGUUAAUGGAAAGGAAAUCACUGAGAAGAAGACCUGGAAGUAUUUCCAGCUCAGUGACUACAAAUAUCUCAGUUUUCUGGACGUCCAAGAGCGAGUUUCAGCUCUUGCACGAGGCCUUGUUCACCAUCAAAUCACGAAGGACGACAUAUUCAAUAUCUAUGCUCAGACGAGCGGCAACUGGCAGCUCAUGUCUCAUGCAUGCACAACAAUUGGAGUUCCUGUGGCCACUGCUUACGAUACCCUUGGCGAAUCUGGGCUCACGCAUUCAUUGAACGAGCCUAACUGUGUUGGUAUUUUCACUAAUGCUGACCUCCUCACGACCCUGAAGAAUGUCCUGCCUAAUACCCCAUCGGUCAGGUUCAUAGUCUAUGACGGUGACGCCAAGUCAUCACUUCUCGAUGAUAUCCGCAACGUCAGGGAAAACGUAGUCAUUCUCUCCAUUGACGAACUGCGUGAGGUUGGCGCGGAGCAAUCCAAGGAGGGUCUGAAGGAGCGAAGACCAUCCAAAGACGACGUGGCCCUGAUUAUGUAUACCAGCGGCACUACCGGGGCUCCUAAGGGUGUGGUACUCACUCACGGCAACGUCAUUGCCUCUGUCGGUGCUGUGUACACGCUUCUUGGCCACCAUUUUACUACCGACGACACUUUCCUGGCGUAUCUCCCGCUCGCUCACAUCCUUGAAUACAUUGUGGAGCUUAUUUUAUUCUUCGUCGGCAUGAAGACAGGCUACGGUCGCGUGAAGACCCUUACAGAUGCAUCCGUACGCCAAUGCAAGGGAGACAUUGUUACGUUUCGCCCAAGCAUCAUGGUUGGCGUGCCUGCUGUCAAGGUUAACGCCAGUGGCUUCCUGAAGAAGACCAUCUUCAACGGGGCGAUGGCGGCCAAGAAGGCUGAAGUUCCUGGCCUUAGCCAGUUGGCAGAUAUUGUGCUUAAUAACGUCAAGCAAGCCACCGGAGGACGGCUCCGUCUCGCAUUGAGUGGUGGCGCUGCUCUUAGCAAAGAAACUCAGGAGUUCUUGUCUAUUGCACUCGUCACUAUGCUCCAAGGUUACGGUAUGACUGAGUCUUGUGGGAUGUGCGCCAUCUUGCCCCCUGAACUUAUGCAAUAUCGCUCGGUUGGACUGCCUGUUCCUUCAGCUGAGAUAAAGCUCCUGGAUGUCCCUGAAGCGGGCUACAAGUCGACUAACAAUCCUCCCCAGGGAGAAGUUUGUAUCAGGGGUCCGUCAGUCACCAAAGGAUACUACAAGCGGGACGACCUCAACAACGAUGAGUCGAUCUUCACUAAGGAUGGUUGGCUUAGGACUGGUGAUGUCGGUCAGUGGAACGCCGAUGGAACUCUUUCUCUGAUUGACAGGAUUAAGAAUCUCAUCAAGCUGCAAGGUGGCGAGUACAUAGCCCUUGAACAACUUGAAUCGACGUACAAGUCAUGCUACCUUGUGGCAAACAUCUGUGUAUACGCAGAUGCUGAAGCCAAACAACCUAUUGGUAUCAUCAUUCCUCAUGAGGCAAAUCUGCGUCAUGCUCUCGAAGCCAAGUCCAACCCCGCAGAUGCGAGCGCUGAGUUAUCAGACUUAUGCACCAAUAAAGUGGUGCAAGAUCUCAUCCUCAAGGAGUGCAAUGCUAUCGGGAAAAAGAAUGGCUUCAAACCGAUGGAGAUUCUAGAAGCCGUUAUUCUGACGUCAGAGGAGUGGACGCCCGAAAGCGGCCUCGUUACCGCAGCACAGAAGGUACAACGCUCCAAGGUUGCGAAGAAAUUUGAGAAGGAGAUUAAGGCAACAUAUGCUGCCCAGUGAUUUCAUGUAAUUUGGUUGACCAACUACUUGUGUUUUGAUUUCUCGAUUCACCCGAGUCUUGGACAAUUCUACAUAUUGUACAUAUUGUAUGUUUUAGUUAGAUUUGUAGCAUGAUAGGCUAUGUACAGUCCGUUUUCGCUUCUACGGAUUUUGCUGGGUGCUAUGUAUAGUACUAGUGUGAGUAGUAUUUGGCUGCGGUUCCUCUGCAAUUGGGUUUUGUAUGGUCAGACUAGAGGAUGCGGUGCUGUGAUGGCUUAUAUAAGUGGUCCCAACCCGCGCGCAAGAAGCCAGC